GCGGGCGGCGGCGGCGGCGCCAUUUUGCGAACGGCGAGCAGCGGCGGCGGCGCGGAGACGCGCAGCGGAGGUUUCUGGUUUCGGACCCCAGCGGCCGGAUGGUGAAAUCCUCCCUGCAGCGGAUCCUCAACAGCCACUGCUUCGCCAGAGAGAAGGAGGGGGACAAAGCCAGCUCCGCCGCCCACGCCGCCCGCGCCAUGCCGCUCCUCAGCCUGCACAGCCGCGGAGGCCGCAGCCGCGAGCGGGCCCCCGCCGCCGGCUGCAGUCCCCUGGGUCCGGGGCCUCGGUGGUGCUCCGAUGUCCCUCACCCACCCCUGAAGAUCCCAGGUGGGCGAGGGGAUAGGCAGAGGGAUCACAGCCCUGCGGCCGCCGUCCUGCACGCCGACGAGCGGCUGCGCGUGACCGAGGAGCCCGCGCCCCACGGCCCGACGAGGAUUCUGCGCGCGCAGACGCGGCUCUCGAGCUCCCGGCGCGUGGACUGGCGGGCGGUGCUGCGCGGCCGCUGCCUCUACGUGGAGAUCCCGGGCGGCGCCCUGCCCGAGGGCAGCAAGGACAGCCUCGCAGUUCUCCUGGAGUUCGCGGAGGAGCAGCUGCGCGCCGCCCACGUCUUCGUCUGCUUCGCCAGGAACCGCGACGACCGAGCCGCCUUGCUCCGGACCUUCAGCUUUCUGGGCUUUGAGAUCGUGAGACCGGGGCACCCCCUCGUCCCCAAGAGACCCGACGCCUGCUUCAUGGCCUACACGUUCGAGCCGGAGUCCGCGGGCGACGACGAGUAGCGGCGCCGCCCCCGCCUCGCGGUCCCUCUGCGCGUCGCGGCGCGCGUGUCGUGCUGGUGCGGACACGCUCCUCCGGAUCGGCGGUGCGCUCUCGCGGCCCGACGCGCGGCGCCGAGGCGUCUGCUUUAAUUCUAAAUAAAAGUUUAUAUUUUACUCUC